UUUGUUCUAUUCCCAGACGGCCGCAACCCCUCCUCUCUCUCUCCGCCUUCUCGACUCCAUCGAUUCCACCCCCUACUCUCCCAUCUCCUCUGCUUCCGAUCUGCGCCGCCGCGGCGGGAGGGUCUCCGGCGAGGUCAAGGCCCCCCCCGUCUCCGGCGAGAUCGUCGCCCGGACCCUCCACCUCUCUCGGUCGGUUCGGGGAGGAGGCGACGCGGCCCGGCCGACCUCCUAGUCGGAUCGGAUCGAAUCGAAGUGGAGAAGAUUGGGGGUUUAGGUGAAAUCCCAUGCCACCGGUUGCGUCCGGCUCCGGCCGGAAGAGGCAGCUGGUGCUGGAGUCCAGCGAUUCGGAGGCGGAUGAGUUCUUUGUCUCGACGCGGCGCAAGGAGGAUGAUGAUGAUGAUGCCGGAAAUGCCGGCGGCGGAAGCGGAGGAGGUGGUGAUCAGGGUGGGGAAAAGGUGGUGACUGUUAGUCCUGAGAAGGUUUCUGGUGCCAAGUCUACUGAUGAAGGAGGUGGUUCAGACAAGAGCAAGGGAAGUGAGGUGGGUAAGAGUGUUUUGCAACCUGAUGUGAAGAGGAUCAGAACUGAGGCUGCCCAUGGUGGCGGCAGCGGAAGCGGUGGGAGUGUAUCGAAGGAUGGAACCGGCGGGAAAAUGCUGCGCCCGGGGUUCCCCAAGUGGCGAUUUGAGAAGCCGGAGGUAAGGGCAGGGCGGGUUCUUGAUGAGAAAGGUGGGGUCGAGACGAAGGUAAGCAGUUCCCAAAAGGUUAAGGACCAUGCAUCGAGUUCGGUUUAUGAGAGAAGACGGCCAGAGCCACUGAAACCUGAGAAAUCGACGCCAUCGAAGACUAACCAAGAGGUUAUAAGGGUACAAGGGAAAAGCGGUGUCUUAAAGAUCCGUCCGAAGAACAAUAAGGUGGCUAGUGAAACUGGUGAUGGCAAGAACCUGCCGAAGAAUGCUAAGGUGGAUGGGGAUACUGGUGAUGGCAAAGUUCUGCCAAAGAAGACUACAGUGGAGGAAAAUGGUGAUGGAAAGAUUUUGACCAAGAGUGGUGUUUUAAAGCUCCUCCCAAAGAACAAUAAGGUGGCCAAGGAAACCAGUGAUGGCAAUCCUCGAAGCAAGAACACUAAGGUGGUUGGGGAAACCAGUGACGCCAAGAUUCUGAUGAAGAACAAGGCGAAUAGGGAAAGUGGUGAUGAUAAGGCACCGAAGAACUGUACGGUGAAUCUAGAAACUAGCGCUGGCAAGAUUUUGUCCAGAAACACUAAGGAAGAUUUGAAAACCAGCGAUGUCUGUAGACAAGAUAAGGAGAAAAGCGAUGCAAUUGAUGUGUCCCAAAAACAGGGUGCAGAUGGUGAGAAGAGAAUCACAGAAAAACUAGUCUCCCCCAUCCUAUUGAGGAAAAGUGACCCAAGUGUAGUGGGAAUUUCUUUGGGCCAGAAAAUGAAGCAGCAAAAUUCAAAGGCGCAACUGAAGAUAUCCUCACUAGGCCAACGUCAGCCUUCACUUAAUUUGAAAGAUGAGAAGAAUAAGAAAAAAAGAUUGCUUGAUCAUAAAAUGUCACCAGAAAAUUUGUCCAAGAAAGCAAAACCAAAUGCCAUUGAUCAGGAUACAUCUCGUCCUUCUCUUGAGAAGCAUGGAAUAAAGAAGGAAAGGAAAGGGCCUCGUUACACAAUGAAGCAGAAGCUCAGGGGUCAGAUAAAGGACAUUCUUUUAAACAAUGGAUGGAAAAUUGAUCUAAGGCGCAGGAAAAACAAAGAUUAUGAAGAUUCUGUCUAUGUUUCUCCACAAGGAAAUGGCUAUUGGUCAAUCACUAAGGCUUAUGCUGUGUUCCAAGAGCAGUCUAAAAGUGGGAAGCAUACAGGUAAAUCAUCUAAGCAUAAAGCAGGUGUUGCAGAUGCUGCCUGUAAUGCCAUAUCAGAAAAUGAUUUAGCAAUGCUACAGAGGAAUGUGGUGAAAAGGAGGACCAAGAAAGAACUUGGUGCUUCUAAAAAGAAGUAUGAGGACAGCAGCAGCAGGAACUCCAAAGACAACAAUGCUGGUAGAAGUUCUGGAAACAAGCAUCAAAGCAGUGGAGUUAGGGGAUGUGCGCUUCUUGUCCGUGGUAGUACUCAUAGCAUGGAAGGCAAUGUGGACGGCUAUUUUCCUUAUCGAUGGAAGCGGACAGUUUUAUCAUGGAUGAUAGAUAUGGGGGUUGUUUCUGAAGAUGCAAAGGUCAAAUAUAUGAAUAAGAAGGGCACACGGGCAAGGUUGGAGGGUAGAAUUACUAGGGAUGGCAUUCACUGCGGAUGUUGCUCUAAGAUUCUCACAGUUGCUAAGUUUGAACUUCAUGCUGGUUCAAAAGAGCAGCAGCCCUAUGAAAACAUCUUUCUGGAAGAUGGUGGGGCUACGUUGUCACAAUGCUUAGUUGAUGCGUGGAAGAAGCAAUCACAAUCUGAAAAGAAAGGGUUUUACAAGGUAGAUCCUGGUGAUGAUCCGGAUGAUGAUACUUGUGGCAUUUGUGGUGAUGGUGGCGAUUUGCUCUGCUGCGAUAACUGCCCUUCAACUUUUCACUUGGCUUGCUUAGGAAUCAAGAUGCCUUCUGGUGAUUGGCAUUGCAGUAGCUGUAUAUGUAGGUUCUGUGGUUCUACCCAAGAAAUAACAACAUCGUCUGCUGAGUUACUUUCUUGUUUACAGUGUUCAAGGAAAUAUCAUCAAGUUUGUGCACCUGGAACCAUGAAAGACUCUGUUAAAGCUGAAUCCAAUUCCUCAACUGAUUGUUUUUGCAGCCCAGGAUGUAGAAAGAUUUAUAAACAUCUGAGAAAACUACUUGGGGUAAAGAACGCUAUUGAGGCUGGAUUUUCCUGGAGCCUGGUUCGCUGUUUUCCUGAUAAACUAGCUGCACCUCCCAAAGGGAAAGCUCAUUUGAUACAUUGCAAUUCCAAGACAGCUGUUGCUUUCUCAGUUAUGGAUGAGUGCUUUCUGCCACGUAUUGAUGAGAGAAGUGGGAUUAAUAUAAUCCACAAUGUCAUAUAUAACUGUGGGUCAGAUUUCAAUCGUUUAAAUUUUAGUAAGUUCUAUACAUUUAUUCUGGAGCGGGGUGAUGAAGUUAUAUCUGCAGCAGCUGUCAGGAUUCAUGGAACUGACUUAGCAGAAAUGCCAUUCAUAGGAACAAGGGGCAUAUAUAGGCGCCAAGGGAUGUGCCAUCGGCUACUCAAUGCAAUUGAAUCGGCCCUUUCCUCCCUGAAUGUUCGAAGACUAGUAAUACCUGCCAUACCUGAAUUGCAAAAUACCUGGACUACUGUUUUUGGUUUUAAACCUGUUGAACCUUCCAAGAGACAAAAAAUCAAGUCUCUGAAUAUCUUGAUUAUCCAUGGCACUGGUCUUCUAGAGAAGCGGUUGCUUGCAACAGGCACUAUUAACCAAGAGAACACUACUGUUAAUGAUAUGAUGGAUGCUCAAACACAUGUUGAAGCAACCGGAUCCCGGACACCUGUUCAUUUUUCCUGUGAAUUACCAGUGGGUGGUGAUCCUGAUAUUAAGCAUCAUGAUGACUCUCAUCCUUUAGUUGGGAACUCCAAAGGCUUGACACUUAAUCUGCCUUGUGUUCCUGAAGAAAAAACUGCAGAAUUGACAUCUCCAGUAUUAGAUGUUGUUCAGUGCAUGCCUGAAUCUGAAAAUACUCAAGAAAUGAAAAAUGGAGAAACAGAUGCGACACUGACUUCUGAGGACAUAAUUGCAGAACAGAAGUAUGAAGAUAAAUCUAAUUCCAGUCUUACAGAUUCAUCUGCUAUUCCCAUGACAGUGGAUCCAGGCUCAUGUUCAUCCAAUGAGACUGUGAAAGGAGAACAUCACACAUCUAGUGAACCUUCUGUUGAAGCUAUUCUAGUAAGAGACAAACCUGAACCUUCCAUCUCUUGCAACGUUACCAACCAAGAAGACAAAAACUCUUCCAUGGUUCCUGUUGAUACGACAGUUCAUUUAGCCACUAUAGUUGGGAAUCAUGAUAUUCAGAAUUCAGUGGAAGUCAAAGGUAUGGAACAUAAUACAGCUAAGGAUCAAACUUUUGUUAGUGCUGUAGCUAAUAAUGUUGCUACUACUGAAGAUCCCAGUGAUUCUGUAGCUGACUGUGAAGUGCCAAUAGUGAGGUCUAUUCAGCAGAAGGAUGAGGUUAUCGCAGACAAAAAUGCUUGCGCAACUAUAGAUCAAACUGCUGUUGACGAUGUAGCUAAUAAUUUUGUUGCUACCACUGAAAAUGACACUGAUUCUACAGCUGAACUUGGAGUGUCAAUGGAGAGAUGUAUCCAGCAAAAGGUUGAGGUUAUCAAAGACAAAAGUGAUUCACCAUUGAGAACUUCUAUAAGCAAAGUUAUGUUGGAGAAAUCGGAUCAAAUGAAGUCUACUGAAAGUGAUAGUGUUAAAAUGAAGGACAUGGCGAUUGAGGUGAAAGUCACAGUUGAGAACUUCAGUGAAGCAGGUAAACCAGCUUCAGCGCUUGUCAUGUCAAAUGACAUUAAUGGUGAAGUUAUGGCUAAGCCUAAUCUAACUUGUGGGGAUGAUCAACUUCAUGGAGGGGAUGGGACAUACAAAAAUAGCAUGGAAGAUGACCUAGCUUCCAGAGAACCUGUUAAUGCAUGACUUUGCAUUUCCUGCUACAAAAUGUUUAAGUGAGCAGAGCAAUGGGAGGGACGAUCUAGUUUUCUGCAAGUAGCUGCCUCAGCUCGUUCUCCAUGGCUACAACGAAGUGUUUAGAGUUGCAUUUUGCAGCAAUGAAAUGCUGAUGUUUCAGAAUUUUGGUAGUCUGUCGAUCAUGGGGGCUUUUUGUUGGUUUAGUAGGCAUAAGUAGUUCACACCGUAGGACCUCUUAUACAAACCCCAAAAAGUGGGCCAAAUUUUUGGUGUAAAUACAUGUGGGAAAUUGCUGUUGGCAUUUUGGUGCACCUGAAAUGUUGUCUGAAGAUUGUCGAUGAAAACAGACUUGCAGGUAGUGCCUGUACAGAUAUAAAAAUCCAUCCUCAUCUGUUUGACUGUUACUCUGAAUUUUCAUUCGGUUUAGAAUUCUGAAUUCUGGAUGGGAUUUCAGCAUCCAGAUUGUUCA